AUGAUUAUGCUACCAUCUUCGGAGAUCUUCAGAAAGAUGUACAGGAUAUCGGCCAAGAAAACUAAUAACGACAAUGAUCCUUAUGAAGACGCCUUGCUUGAUACAAAUUCCGGCUCACAAACAAACACUGAAACAAACAGAAGUACAAACGAAAACUUUAAAGGGGAAAACAAUGAAAAGUCGCUUGAUCACAUUAUAGAGAAAGUUCAAACGGAAGCUAUUUGUGAGAUAAAACCUGAUGAUCGUGCUAACGAAGAAGGAGGUUAUAGUGGAGAAAAUGGAGGAGGAAAUAAUCAAAAAAGAAAAUGUGAUCCGUGUUUGUUUGACGAUAUUGAAGAAAAUGCAACUUCAUUCUGUGUGGUUUGUGUCGAGUAUCUAUGCAAAGGUUGUGCUCGCGACCAUAGAAGGAGCAAAGCAACAAGGAACCAUACAGUAUUAAUUAAUGAUGAAAUACCGAAGGAUCCUGCAGUUUUCAAGAUGAUGAAGUCAUUGGUGUCCUGCUCGGAUCACCCUGAAAUGGAAGUGCUCUUUAAAUGCGGAAAACAUGAUAAAUUCAUUUGCACUAAAUGUUUAGUCGUUAGCCAUAGGAAUUGUGAGGAAGUAAAGGAGGUUUCAAACCCUACAUUACAUGUACAAAGUAGUAUGAGUGGAAAUACUAAUACUUCACCGUCAGAUAUGUUGCAAGCUGUCUAUGACAUGACUGUUUCAGUACGGAUUGCAAAAGAAGAAAAUAUUGAAAGACUCCAUCUUGACCGCGCUUGUAUUACAAAAGAACAAUCAGAAUUUAUUGAAAGUGUACAAGAGCAUCUGCUGAAGCUUGAUGAAGAAUCUAAGAACGAAAUGGAAAACAUGUUAACAAAAGAACAUAAUAAGUUAGAGAAGGAAGUUGCUAUAUGUAAGGAAAUAGAAAAUGUAGAAAUAAAGAAGAAAGAGUUGCUUAAUAUCGCGAUGAAUUAUGGUAGCACAGUCGAACUAAACGUGAUUUCCGAAUUAGUAACAAAAGAAGCCGAAGGUUUAAAAUAUGAAACUAAACAGGAAGCAGAAAAGGCAGCUGUUUGUCUAAAAUUUGUCAGGAACCAAAGUCUUACAGAUGUCGCAACAAUUGGAACUGUGUAUGUUGUAAAGGGCCAGAAAGAAGAUGUCCAGCAAGAUGAAAAUCCAAGAAAUCAAAUAUUACUGGAAAAUUCGAGCGACGACAUAGAUGAGACGUCAACGAACGCCGGAGAAUCGUCCCGUGAAAAGACAACAAGCAGCAACUUAGACAAGGACCAAUGUCCAUUUAUGGAAAGCUCUGUCAGCAGAACGAGAACAAUGCAUGAUUUACAUCAAAACACCGCAGAAUUCAAAUGUUCUCUAACAAGUAUUUUGGUUUUGUCGGACGGGCGCAUUGUUGUGACAGACUAUAACAACGAAUGUAUUAAAAUACUUAAUCUGGAUAUGUCUGUAAAGAUAGAAUUUAAACUGGAUGAAAAGCCAAUAGAUUUGUGUCAAAAUUCAAGAUAUCACUUGGCUGUCAUAUUUGAUGGCAAGAAGAUGAUAAAUAGAUUUAUAGUUGCAAAGGAUACAGUGCUUAAUGAUGGAGGAUUCUCUUCCAAAAUGUAUCCAAUCAGUAUUGAAAAAUCCAAUGAAAGAGACGGUCACGUUAUUAUAUUGUUUUCCGAUGAAGAGAGAAACACACAAAAAAAUAGUGACAGCGAUACUAUCGAGAUACAGAUACGAAGCGUGCAUAAUGGGGCAAUCAUAAAGCAGUUAACAGAGUUCAAAACCAAAUCAUCGCAUAAAAUGAUUCUAAAAAAUCCUGGUCGAAUUCAAGUGAUGCCGAAAGUUCAGAACGCCUUCCUGAUUUCGGAAAACGAGAAGUUGCACCACUGUGACAUAGAUCAAGCAAGCACAAACACCAUUAAAGAAAAGUGGUACUAUAAGAGUUAUAAAGGAAGAAUUAUAGAUGAUAUAACUGACAUUGCUGUGGACAAAGAGGGAAACAUUUAUGUUUGUGGAAAGGGUUCCAAAAAUAUCCAUCAGAUUUCAGGCUCAAACUUCAUGAACAAUAGAGUUCUCCUAUCGAUACCUGGAACUCCCCAGUCUCUGUGUGUUGAUGACGAUAGGCGACGCCUGAUCGUAGGGUGCGAAAAUGAUGACUUUAUCUACGCUGUGACAUUAGAAUGA